CAUCUCUUUCACUCACUCUCUUUCAACCAUGUCGCGAGAAGACGACGAGGCGACAGUCGACACGCUCCUGCGACACACAUCCCCUCCGGCCCCUGCGACCACCCCUGGGCCGUCGGAACCAGCGGGGCGUGCUGCCCAAGCGCCGCAGUCACGGACAGGCUUGGCUGAGGGCGCCGAGGUGCCCCCGUCGGCGCGGGAAGGGAGCCGUCUAGCGCCACCGUCACUAUUGCAACCGGCCUCUCUCCCCGAACCUUCUACUAUGCCCGGCGAGCCCGAUGAUUUGGCUGGCCGCGAUCUGAACUCGAACCUCGAGGAGCAACGUCGCGAACGGGCGGAGCGGCUUCGUGCCGCCGAGGAAGCGCAGGACGUGCUUGCGCCUGAGGCUGUACAAUCUGACAGCGUGGAAGCGAGCUCUGCGUCCGCUUUGCAGAGUGACAUGGAAACAAACGCGGUAGAGGAAGGGCGCGCCUCAUCGGCACGGGCGGAGAACAAGCCCGAGAUGGCCGACGGCCUUGAGGGCUUGCGUCGGCGACGCCCCGAGGGCGCAGAAGCUCGGCCGCCGGAAAGUACAACGACGGCCACCGAUUUUCCCCAUCCCGCAGUGGAGAGCGUCAAGCGAGAAGCAGCUCGGUCUGCGUCGGGCACCACUACACCCGCCGGAGACGAGCAGCAGUGCCGCAUCUGCUUUGGAGGACGGGAGGAGGAAAUGGAGCUGGGCCGCUUGAUAUCCCCAUGUCUAUGCGCCGGGAGCAUGCGGUAUGUUCACGUCAAGUGCAUCAACCAGUGGCGCGGGACGGGCGCGAAUGCCAAGACGUUCAUGGAAUGCCCGCAGUGUCAUCACCAGUAUUCUAUCCGGCGCACGCUCGUGUCAGGACUCGCCACGUCCAAGCCGAUCUUGCUCCUCGUCACCACCAUCCUCUUCCUCUUCAUCACCUUCAUUAGUGGACAUGUGUUGCUACGCUACCUCGUCGUGGCGGCUGAGGUCGCCGCCGAAGCUGAAAAAGCAAGCACUGCUGUUCGUGAAGCAGACACGAAAGUGGGCGGCAUGACGCGGCACGGCGAUGUGUGGGAGAGCGAGGACGGGAGCGUGAUCAUCGCGGCGCCGGGCCUGACGCUGAUCUACGACGUGAUCGUGGAAGCCGUCGACAUCUUCCUCGAUCUAGCGGCCGCCGCGUACGACAUGUGGCCGCGCUCCGGCCGGAGCUUCCACACGCGCGCGUCGCGCCUCGCGCUCUCUGCGGUGAUCCGUCUCAUCCUCGGCCUGAGCGUGUUGGGCUCGCUCUCCUUCCUGUCCCUCCUGGCCUCGCUGUCGCUCUUCGCCCCCCUCCAGCUCGCAUACACCAUCUUCGGGACCGGCGUCUUCCGCGGGCCGCUGGACAACCUCCGGCGGCGCGCGCCAAACGCCGACGGCAUCCUCGUCAUCAUCGCCGUCGCGAUCGGCGUCGCCAACUCCGUCGUGAGCGUGUACGACGUCGUCCGCGCCGUCGCGCGCAAGCUGCUUUCGUAUGUCGAGACGCAGAUCCUCGAGGUGAAUCCUGAACAGGCGCGCCUCGCGCGCGAAGCCGCCGCGCGCCAGCCGCACUGGUUCGACGAGUGGGUCGCCCAGCGCCGCUGGCGCCGCCUCGCGGGCUGGUACGAGGUGUUUGUGCGGUUGUGGGAGUGGGUCAAGGACCGGUGGCGUGCGGGCGUGGCGGCCGUCAAGGCGAGCGUUGAGGCGCGGGUGCAUGCUGCUGAGCGUGCGAGAGGGGGCGCCGAGGACGUGCUUGUGGGGUAGUUCAUACGAGUUCGCGGAACAUGCAUGGGCAU